CAAAUGGAAAGGCUACCAUCGUUACUUUCACCACUCUCAUCUUUCCGUUCAUCUGCAGCACUCCGGCCGGUCGCCUCCGCCGCCGCCGCUCAUUUCCAAAUCGCCAGAGCAUCAUUUGGUUCAUCCGGUCAGAUGGAGGCGGAACAAUAUAAGUUUGGACCUUACAAAAUUGAUAGCAAGGAAGUGUUUUACUCUACUGAUCUUUCAUAUGCUUUGGUGAAUCUCCGCCCUCUUCUUCCUGGUCAUGUGCUUGUCUGCCCAAGACGUGAAGUGAAGCGCUUUGUUGAUCUCACCACGGAGGAGACUAGUGACUUGUGGAUUUCAGCCCAAAAAAUCGGGAGACUACUUGAGAACUACCACAAAGCUUCCUCGCUUACAUUUGCAAUCCAAGAUGGCCCCCAGGCAGGACAAACAGUUCCUCAUGUUCACAUCCACAUUGUCCCUCGAAAAGGCGGAGAUUUUGAGAACAAUGAUGAGAUCUAUGAAGCUAUUGAUGAGAAGGAGAAGGAACUGAAGAAGACACUUGACUUGGACAAGGAAAGGAAAGAUAGAAGCAUGGAGGAAAUGGCAAAAGAGGCAGAUGAAUACAGAAAGCUUUUCUCUUAAUCCAACUUAUUAUGCUUUUCCCAUUCAUUAUCUAUCUUGUACUUUGAAAUUGAAAUAAAACAAUCAUACCCUCAUUUGUCUUCCCAAAUGCAUUUGGGAUUCACAUGUGAUUGAAAUCCCAAAAAUCUGAAUCUUGUUUAGUAACAUUAAUUGGGAACAUAAUUUGUUAGAUUUGCAUACAUCUUACUCUCCCAAUUUCUAUUUGCGUGAGAUUUACUGGGUUUGUUUAAUUCAGUAAUAUUUAUGUUUA